AUGAUGCAAAAUUAUUGUCAAAUUGCAUGCAAGGAACGCAGAACUUUUAUCGCUUUUAAAAUUCUUCAGAAAAAUGCAGUCGGCCAAGAACUGUAUGAACAGGUGUUCUAUGCACUGGAUCUGGAUGAGCGCGAUUACUUCGGGCUACAGUUCAUGGAUCAUUAUCAUGUACAGCAAAAAAUUCGAACAAAAAAAAAUCACUCGCUUCCUUUUUUGAAAAAUUUUUAUUGUUGUUGCGAAAUUGCCGAUGCGUGUGCUGCGGUCGAUUUUUUAUUUACUACAAAAAUUUACGCAGUGAAAAUUUCAAAAAAAUCAUAUUAUAUUUGUAGGUAUCAGUUUUUCUUGCAACUGAAACAGGAUAUUCAGUCUGGAAAACUGGAGUGUCCCAGAGAACUAGCUUGUGAGCUUGCUGCACUGGCUUUACAAUCAGAACUCGGUGAUUACAAUCCUGUGGAGCACACUGCAGCCCUGAUUUCAGAAUUUCGCUUUCAUCCAGAACAAGACGAAGAAAUGGAAAUUGCAAUUCUGGAAAAAUUCACUACUUGCAGAGGUCAAUCGCCAGCUCAAGCUGAAUUGAACUAUUUGAAUAAAGCAAAGUGGAUCGAGCUGUAUGGCGUUGAUAUGCAUGUGGUCGAAGGAAAAGAUGGAAAUUUUUAUAAGUUUGUUUUAUUUCAUAUCACCGAUAAUUAA